CUUCCGGACAGCAGAGGAGCAGUGUCCGGCCAUGGCCGGGGCGCGCAGGCUGGAGCUGGGCGAGGCCCUGGCGCUGGGGUCGGGCUGGCGUCAUGCGUGCCAUGCUCUCCUCUACGCGCCGGACCCUGGCAUGCUCUUCGGCCGCAUCCCGCUGCGCUACGCCGUACUGAUGCAGAUGCGCUUCGAUGGACGCCUGGGCUUCCCCGGCGGAUUCGUGGACACGCAGGACAGCAGCCUAGAGGACGGGCUGAACCGUGAGCUGCGCGAGGAGCUCGGCGAGGCGGCGGCCGCCUUCCGCGUGGAGCGCACUGACUACCGCAGCUCCCACGCCGGGUCAGGGCCACGCGUUGUGGCCCACUUCUAUGCCAAGCGUCUGACGCUCGAGCAGCUGUUGGCUGUGGAGGCCGGCGCAACACGCGCCAAGGACCACGGGCUGGAGGUGCUGGGCCUGGUGCGAGUGCCCCUGUAUACCCUGCGGGAUGGUGUGGGAGGCCUGCCUACCUUCCUGGAGAAUUCCUUUAUUGGCUCUGCCCGGGAGCAGUUACUUGAAGCUCUCCAAGACUUGGGACUGCUGCAGUCUGGCUCUAUUUCAGGCCUUAAGAUUCCAGCUCAUCACUAGAGGCAGCCCUCCAUGGACCCAUGGAAACUGAGAUGAGGACCUUGGUACUAGGGUGGGAGGGAAGGACGUGGGAAUGUUUUCUUAUUGGACCUGAGAGAUGACACAUGAUACCAGAUUAAAAGAAGGAGAAGUGUGUACCAUAUGUUUUGAGCAGAGGCCCCUCCAACUCAUGGCAUCAGGGGCAAAAAUUCACAGCUCAUCCCAGGCACCCUGGCAGGUUCUCAGAGCCUGCCUCCUCCCUGUUUAUAUGCAUACAGCCUAGUAACCCCCAGGCAUGCAAAUGUACAAUCUGUAAUAACACACAGCCUGACACCUUCCCCGGGUCAUGUCCAGUGUAACCAUGAAGUGGCAUUUGUCACCAUACCCUGGUCCCUGAUUGCCAGGAACUUCUGAAGCAAGGGUGAGUCCUUCCCACACUCCUCCAUGGCUGCCCUCCAGGGUCUAGCCCAGCCUAUUUGUUAGGGAGGAUAGAGAAGCGGAGGACCCCCUGUGCUUCCUGAAAAUAGACUUGCUCUUGUCUUGAGUGGUGACCAAGGCAGUUGGCUCUUAAAAGGUGGGAGAACAGCCCAACCAAUCCCCAGUCCUUUUCUUCUGAAACUGAGCAGGAGGAGUAAGGAAGUGGCUAGGUCUCCUUGGACGGAGCAUGGACAUGAGACCUGUGAGUACUGGUAUCUCUCCUCCAGAGCUUUCAUCUUUGGGAUGCCUGAGACUCUGAGACUAUCAGAAGGGAAUUGACCCACCCCAGUCUAACGCUGCCCUGCCUUCACUUCAUGUACAUAAAGGUGGUAUAAAAACAUAGACUGGAGGAGGUAAUCCAUGGAAAGACAAAAAGAAGAGGACUCAGGACAAGUCCCUGAGGAAGCCCAAUCCUAAGAGUUUGGGCAGAGGGUACCAGGCACGUUAAAGACAGAAAGUGGACUAUGUGGAGUGCUUGUGAGGGUUUCACUAAAACAGAGGCAGAACUGUCCAUUGAGUUCAGUAACAUGAAGUGUUUGAUGACUAUGAUGGCAGCAAUUUCAGGAAGGGUGGUGUGGAAGGCAGCCUGGAUUGGUUGAGUGAAUGGAAAGUGGGGGAAUAGAGCAUGUGAGAGGUUGGCCCUAAAGGGGCUCAGGUUAAUAACUAGAGUGCUGUGGAGUCAAGGCAUGUUUGAGAUGGGAGGUAGAGCAUGCCAAUGCUGAUGGCAACAGUCAAGAUGGUGAUGAGAGAGGUGGGAGGGGCAUGAAGAGGAGGACCCCUGAAUGAGCAGAGUUCAUAAGAAAGGAGGAGGGAUGGGACCUUUGUAGGAAGAGACACAGCCCUGCAGCCUCACAGAGCUCAAUAAAACAGAAAAGGACAAGUAUAGAAGAUUAGGAUGACUAAAUUAAUGGGGAAAUGAUGAAGGAGUUUGAAUCUCUUCUUUGUGAAAUGAAGUGAGACUAUCAGCUAGAUGUGGGUGGAGCACGUUCUCAGAAGAUAUGAAGUAGAUGUUUUCCUAGGUGUUGAAAUCAGGUUGAUUAAGGAAACAGCAGAAGGGCAGGGCAAGGCUGAGCUCUGAGAUGGUCAGUUUAGAGUAGGAUGCUGGGCACUCAGGUGUGUGUGUGUUAAAUGGAGAUCUGCAUGCACCUGUCUUCCCCCCAUUAGGAUUCAGGAGCUGGGAUGGAGAUGCUUACUGCAGUGUUGGGGUUUUGCCAGGGGAGUAUAGGAGGUGAGAGAAAGAUGGGGCAAUUCAGAUGAUAUGCACAGGAGAAAUUGUAGUGAUGAAAUGUGUGGUCUGAGGAUUAAUCUGACCAAGAUGGAAACUGAAAACUGGAGGUGACUAGGGGGGGAUUAGGAAAUUAGAGGUCUUGACAAGAUAGAAACUCCAGUAUGAUGAGGGGUUGGGCAAGGAGGUAUAUUUGAGCCAGACAGGAGUGCUUUGGAAAUUAAGAGGUGGAGCAAUCUCAGGUAAAGGCAAAAUAGAGGGUAUGACCUGGGAUUGCUGGCCAGAGCCAGGGGAGGAGCCUUAAGAAGUGAGAUCUAGGGUUGGUGAGGCUGGAGGGCAGGGUGAGCCUCCACGUGGGUGCUGGAGCAAGAAACCAACAGAUGUUGAGGAGGAUGGUGUGACCUAGGAGUCAGCAUCCUUGGUGAACAUGAGGAGUGGCCACAAGGCCAGUGGCACCUGCCAGAGGGGAAAGCAGGCAUGACAGGAUAGCAUCUCCCAGGUGAGAGCCUUUUGAGGAAGGGAGGGUGGGCAGUGGUCUGGAAGCUCAAUGCAGAACAGUGUGGUUCCCACUCUCAGCCCUUGGUCUUAGAAGAAUGGGAGUAUCCAGUGGGGGAACAGCUGUACAAAUGAGAUAGACCCCUAGAGGUUAAUCGUCAUCUCCUAAUCUCACCCUGACCCUUUUGUCAAAUGUUAUCUAGAUUAAACCUCAGUAUAGGCAGGCUGAAGGAAAUGGACAUUCCAGUGGCUCCUGGGGUCCCAGCCUGUAGCAGCUUCAUCUGUGCUUUGUGCACUUGCUCUCAGUCAUCUCUGCAAGGGACCCUGAAGCCUGGGAGGUCAGAGUCACUGACCCUUGAUGGCACUGCUGACACACCCCUUCCCUCAGGUAAUUCUGGAUGCAUAACUCAUUAUGGGAUGUAAUCCAGGUCAACAUUAAUACCACCUGGAAGGUUGCGCCCUCAGCCUCACUCUGCUCGAGUAUCCCAGUGAUCAGUCUCUCAGGACCUGCCUACUGGGCAGCUCAUCUCUCCACUUAUUUGCAUUAAAUUGGCUUUUUAUUUAGGUCUCUGGAGAUGGUUACAUGGGGAGGAGCCCAUGACUUUCCUGUAUGAUCCCUUGAAUACUCUCCAAGUCAGUAGAUUACUUCUCAGGCAGCCUUCAUAAAAGUGUUUCAGUUUCACUGUACUGGGGUUUGUGUUCAUCUCACUCACAUAGACAGUCUCUGGGUAGGCAGACGGGGGGGUGAUACAAGCUCACACUCUGCAUUUCUCAUCCUCUUAGCCAUUCCCACCCUGCUGAGGUUUAAGGAAAGCCGGGGAUGAUGACCCACUUAAGCUUUCCUUGGCCUUGUUAAGUCCAAUCAUCUGGGGCAGGAAGAAGAAGAAGAGAAAUGCUCAUUGCAAUCUUUGACCCCCACUAACUGCUGUGGUGACUUUGACCCAAGCCCUUGACCUCCUUUUCCUUCUCUGAAAUGUUGCUGUGAUUCCUGUGGUGAGAUUAGGUGAGGCAGCACUUGGGAUAAGCGUGCAGAGAGGCAUUGAGCAGUAUGAAAGUACAGGAUGCCACGUACUUUCCUGCUUCACAGCACAUUUUGUUUCUUGCAAGGUGAGUGGCCCGGCCGCCUCCCCACAAACACCUGUUUCCACCUUUCUCCGCAUAAUCAGCAAGCUGUUCCCACUUCUCAGCAUUGCACUUUUCUGCUGGUGCAGAAUAAAACCACUUUGAGCUCC